AUGCGCUUAUCGGAGCGUCCGAGGCCGCCGUCGCAUCCUCGUCCCCACCCCGUGUCGUGUGUGUCUCUUUUCGCUUUCUGCCUCUUUUGGUACGAAGGCACGGAGACUUGGUCUCUUGGCUCUUGGGAGUCUGGGACUCGAAGCAUGGAGGUCUUGGUAUACGGAGUACUAAGAAAAAGCGUGGAAGGCUUGUCGUUCUCGCGCCCCUUACCCUGUCAAUCGGGCACCAGGCAUCUCCCAUGUCCUGUCAAUCGUCCUAUCUCUCUGGCUGGUCGCCUGAAAGUGUACUCCGUACUCCGUACUUCUCAGUGCGACGGCUGCUUUGCCCGUGACAUCAGGUACGGGAGUACUUGGCGGCUUGUUUCUCAGGACAGGUCAGUCUUGGACUCUUGUCCCGUCUGGUCACCCCCCCCCCCCCCCCCCCAAGACCCCCAGAGACCCCAAGCAAUCCAAGGCCCAAAAAUACUCGGCUCACCUGCUUGGCUGGAAACAGUGCUCCCUCAUCUGAGACGGUCGCAGGCUUUUUCUUCAGACGACACAGAGUGUUGUGACCCGUACUCCGUAGACAGAAAUACCUAA